AUGGGACCACAUGAAACUUUGUCAACAAAGAUCAAUAAAGAAGUGAACGUAUCCCGAUUCCCACGUGACUCUAACCUUCGAUUCGCCCCCAGACGUGUCCUAGAUCUCAUCACUAAGGAUUCAAUCAUACAACACCUCCAUGGGAAUCCGUUGGAGAAAUACCUCAUCGACUACAUCCUGAACGAUGUGAAAGAGCUAUUCGCUAUAUGUGUCGCCAUUUCGAUGCCAACAGCUACUCUCAUCGAUCUAAUACAGUCACUCAGGAUUGCUGGGUUUACAGACAAAAGGGUCGCAUGGAUUGGCCAGGACAUCGCAGCGAUAUUUCCUGGGCGUGCCGAUGUCUGGACUUACAUGUUGGAAUGCCACCGAUACAUGUUCCAAGCUCCAGAGAUCUCCCAGCACUUGAGGUAUAAUAGGAGGAUUCUUCCUGUCGGGAUGCCUCUGCCUAUUAAGCUUUGCGACAAUAAACCGUUGACGGGAGGGUUUGGCGCGGUGUAUAAAGUCGCGAUCCAUGAGACGUUUCUAAUCAAUAUCGGCCCUAUCAACGAGAAGACUCGCACCGCUGCCAUCAAAGAGUUUUUCCAGGGUAAAGACCCGAAAGUAUGGGAAAGAGAAACCACCGCACUGGAGAAAAUUGGCCGACGCAACAUCCUGCACGUGGUCGAAGUCAAAGCUAUGUUCAUCCAGGCCUUCAGAUUCUUUCUUGUCUUUCCCUGGGCGGACGAAGGCAACCUCAUGGACUUCUGGGAGAAACACAAGUCUUACGACCGCCGUUACCAUAUUGCCCGCUACUUCAUUCCUGGUAUUUUGCGGCAGCUUCUAGGGCUAUCACUUGCGCUCGAAUCUCUUCACGACUUCAAGAGGAACAAAAGGGCAUCAUAUCGCCAUGGCGACCUGAAACCCGAGAAUAUACUUAUCUUUAGCUCCCCUGGCAAUUCCAACGACUUCCCUGGUACCUGGAAGAUGUCAGACCUUGGUUUGGCCAAAAUGCACGAGUAUCUCACCGGUGAGAGGUACGGAAUGCAGGCUACGUCGAUGCGAAGCUUCGGGACAACAUCGUACAAGCCUCCGGAGGCAUUCAAUGUUUCUUGCGAUACUCCCGCCGUCAUACGUGGGCUCCGAAUCGGUUUGCCUCAACUUCCGAUGGCUGGUACGGCGGCACACUUUGACAUCAUGCGACAUUGGUUGCUGGAAUGUGACCAAAAUCACACGGAUUGCAGGUCUUUCAACGCACCCGAGAAGACUUUGCCGACGAGAUUGAUUGACGUCGGUAGCGAGGAUUCAGCAUUUGUGAAACUAUAUGAGACGCAACGGAAUGAUAAAUAUGACUAUAUCGCCCUGUCCCACCCAUGGGGACCUGAGAGCGCGAGGAACUUUUGCACAUUCCGAGGGACUCUGGAGCAACACAAGGAGGGUAUCGAAUUCAACCAUUUGCCCAUCACCUUCCAGGACGCUGGCCCAGACGGAGACUUCAAUAACGAGGCGAAGCGUAUGGAGGAUGUGUUCAGCCAGGCCUAUUGUGUAUUAGCGGCGAGCUCUGCUAAAGGACAGCAUGAUGGGUUUCUGAAGCCUCGUGAGCAAAGGAGGUACCUCACUUUUCGCGAACACCCUCUGCCGCCCAUUUACGUCUGUGAAUUCAUGGACAAUUUCCAGCAGCACGUUUUGGACAGUCAUCUCAAUAAGCGCGGCUGGGUUCUACAGGAAAGGGUAUUGGCAAGACGCACCAUUUAUUUCACGGAGAAGCAGACAUACUGGGAGUGUGGAGACGGUGUGCGUUGUGAGACCAUGACAAAAAUGCACAACCAACUUGCAUCGUUCCUCGGCGACCCGAACUUCCCCACGGUGGCGAUGAAGGCAAACCAAGGAGGGAAGAUUCGGCUUUGUCAAGAUCUUUAUGCGCGUUACUCGCGCCUCGGCUUCUCACAUUACGAAGAUCGGCCUGUCGCUAUAGCUGGGCUCGAGAAACGCCUCAUUUCGAGCCUUGGCCUCCGUGGCGGCUUCGGCAUGCUUGACGACAAUGGGCCCGGCCUUCUGCGACGGAGUCUGUUGUGGCGCCGAGCCCAGGACGUGGAAAGUCUAGACCUGAUCACCUUCAACAGCACUAGCGACACAUCUUCGAAGGCUGCCCCACCCCCAACGUGGUCUUGGAUGGCAUACAAGGGCGCUAUCGAAUACCUAGACCUUCCCUUUUAUCAGGUUGAAUGGGAAACGAAGGACAUCAUCUCGCCAUGGGCCACGAACGCGUUAGGGACUUGGAGCUAUAGUGGUGAUAUUUCAGCUGAACCCCGAGGGUUGAGAGUCAUUGCCCGGAGCUUUGAUGCAGAGGUUGCAGCGAUAGAUGACACUUCAGAUCUCAUCAUUGAUACGCCAUCUUCGACGCCAUUCCCAGGGUCUGCUUUGAAGUGUGUCAUUCUAGGAAGGCUCAGGAGCGAAUCAGAAGAGGCAGCGGGUGGUAGAAGACAUUUCGUUAUGCUGGUGAAGCCGACGGGCUCAGAGGCAAAAGGUUCCUAUAUCUAUCUGAGGGCCGGGGUUGGGUUCAUGCCCGGAAGUCUCAUCCACUUCGAUGGGACAGGUGCGGUGGGCCUUGUACUGUGA